GCUGUGAAACUGCAGAAAACAACCAGACCCGACGAGGACUGUGUUUUAAAUUUACAGGCUGCGACGGAGACUAUACAUGCAAUACAGUCGUGUUAACGUUACACACGGACGAAGGCGACUGGCAACUUUAAUGUAGCCUUCAUGUAGCUUAGCUAGCUAGCUAAGUUGUACUUUGGAAGUUGAGAAGAUGUUUAAUUCGGGCGUUCAGCGUCCCUCCGCGUCCUCCCUGCAGGAGCGAAGAGUCUGCAAAAGGAUCUGUGUUUACGACUGCCGCUUCGCAAAUAAGGAGAUUACGGGGAAAUGGCUGGAAACAAGUCGUUUGGACUUCAACGGCUUUCUUCAUAUUCUGCAACAGGCAAUGAAUUUAAAAUACAUCCACAUGAAACAUAUGUGUUGGCCACGACGGACAGAACAGUCCUUGAUUUUGACAGAUUUGAGGAGCUUCCGAAUAGCAGCACCAUCUACCUGUUGCAACACGAGAACCAAGCCCUGUCAGUGUCAACACAGGAGCACAUCAAGUUUACGCCUCAUUACGAUACGUUGAUCCAGAGUGGUAUUUAUGAGUACUACGCUAGUGAGGGCCAGAAUCCAUUGCCAUACGCACUUGCUGAGCUGAUUGACAACGCUCUUUCGGCCACAGCUAAAAACACAGGAAUGAGGACAAUAGAGAUUCGGAUGCUGUUUGAUGAAACUCUUGGAAAACCUGCAGUGAUUGUUUUAGAUAACGGGUGUGGGAUGACCUCUAAGCAGCUCAAGAACUGGGCAGUGUACAGGCUCUCUAAAUUUAACAGGGAAGACAGCACAUUUGCAAGUAAGCAAGACGGAUAUGUUCGGCCUAAACCUGUCCGUCGAAGUCUCAACAGUGAUAUAUCCUACUUUGGAGUUGGUGGAAAACAGGCUGUUUUCUACAUCGGAGACUCAACCAGGAUGAUCAGUAAAUCAGUUGGAUCCCCAGAUGUUCAUGAGCUGGUUCUGUCACAAGAGGGCUUUGAGCGAAGAGAGAGGAACCAAGAGGAUGUUUACAGCGAGAUCAUCACAAACAGGAAGCCCGGUGACUCUUCACAUGUGAAUAAAGAUGAUGAGCACUUCCUCCAUGCCCUCAUUGCUGAGGAAUUUGGGAAGGAAAGCUUCACAGCCGUGGUCAUCACGGGAGUCCUGCCUGAACAUAUCACCUUUCUGAAACAGGAUUUCGAAGUGUGGACCAGACAGCUAGCUCACAUAUAUCACUAUUACAUUCAUGGAGUCAGUGGAAAUGAUUUGAGAAGCAGCUCUAUGAAAUCGGAUUAUCUCCCUAAAAUUGACAUUCAGAUCACGUUGCGGGAGAAGCCUCCCAGAUGUCCACGUGCGAUGAAUCUUAAGGAAGUUGACGACGACAUGCAGACUCUGUACAUAAGUAAUGCUGCAGAGACGUUUGAGUUUAACGCCUCCAUUGAACAAGACGGUGGCACAGUGGAGGGAGUCAUUCGGUAUCAUCCCUUCCUCUAUGACAAGGAGACUUACCCUAAAGACCCCUAUGCUGUGCAAGCUUCUUCUGAUAAUGGUGAUGAUGAUAACGAUAAUGAGCCUGGAGUCCUGCAUGAGGCAAGAGGGAAAAGGUCGAUAUUUGACUGUUUCUGGAAUGGACGGCUCAUACCUUACACCACAGUGUCUGAGUUUGAGUGGUGUAGCUGGAAGACCAGGAUUAAAGUAGCAGAGGUGCCCGAAGAGUGUUACAGUCGGUUUUCAGGGGUGCUUUUCACUGACGACAGAUUUCAGGUCAGCACGAACAAGCUCACCUUCAUGGACCUGGAGCUGAAACUGAAGAACAAGAACACCAUCUUCACAUGCGUUGUUAAUGGACAGUGUCCACAGGAAAAGAGUUCUGAAGUUACCUCCCUCCCUGAUCAAGUAAGCAAGAGUGUAACAGGGAGAAAAGAUCAGUCAAAGACAACAGGUCUGCAGCUACAUCCUUCCCCAAUCAAGAAACAAAGAAGUAACAUUCAGAAGGAAUUUACGCAGUGGCUAAAAAACUGUCACGAGAAGUGGGACAAGAAAGUAAAGUUCCUGGGCUACAAGGAGACCAUAACACGAACAGAUGUGCCUACUAAGAAAAUGCAGCAACCCUGGGCGACGUUCUCCUCUAUUGAAUGGGAUGGGAAAAUAUACAGAAAAGGCCAACUUGUGAAGUCUCAGAAAACGGUGCCCAUUCUGUAUGGUACCGUGGUUCGGUUUUUGCUGUAUGGGGACUAUAAAGGAGAUGUCUUUGCCUCAGGAGGACAGGUUGAAGUGGCUCUGGAACCAAAAGCACUUUACAAUAAGACCAAGACCAUAGCCAUUUCCAAGAUUGACAAGACCGCCACUGAUGAAGCCAUCAAGAAAAACAUCGACAAUGACUCAGAGAAGCUUCCAGAGAAACUGAAAGUGGACUGGCCAGAUGGUAACCCCUGGCCACAGAAUGCUGUUCGUCCAGCUGGGACUCCGUUAGGGUCACUCAAAAUUGAAAUUGUAAACAAGAAAGGAGAGUCGUUAUCCAGGAUGCCAGCAGGGGAAAAGGGAACAGUGAUAAAACUGAAUAUAGAGCUCACAGUUGUCCAGCACGGUCCUAAAGAAGAUCAACAGCUUAUCACUUGCGUUGCCCAACAUUCUGCAAAGUGGGGUUUCUGGUUCAAAAAAAUUGAGACUCUGACCAACCUGGGGAAGUAUACACUGUCUCUGAACACUGUGAUAAAUGAAAGCAAUGCCACCGUCUUUGGAGGCAGAAAGCUUCCAAGCUACGAACUCAAGUUCACCAUCAAAGAGGGUAGUGCUGAGAGUUUCGUUAUCAGUGCAGUGAGCUCCACUCUUCGUGUAGGAGUGCCAUUUGACAUUCCUCUGCUGAUAAAAGAUGGUUAUGACCACUCAGCGAUGCCUCCUCCCAAUCUCACACCUGUACUCAAAUGCAGUGGCCUGGAUCUGAGUUACGAGAAAGUGGAAAUCAGUGGGACCAUGUUCACCAUCAGAAGUGUCAAAGCAAGAGGGAAAGUCCUGAAUUACCAACAAUCUAAGACAUAUGACCUGAAAGUGACCCUACCUGGCCUGAAAACAGACACACAGACUCUCAAGAUCAGUCUUCUUCCUGGUCAUCCACAUUCCAUCCAUGUGACUCCAGAAGACAACCCACUCACAUUAGUGAAUGGAAACCCUGCCAAGUUUAAUGUCGAAAUUCACGAUGAGGCUGGAAACAUCACCGCUCACCCCAAACAGACCAUUCGCUGCCAGGUUCAGGGGCUUGCACCGGUGUCAACUGACUGCAGCAGCACAGGAGCUGUACAGCUUGUGACAAAGCCUAUAAACCUGAAAAUAAUCAAGGGAGAGCCACAAAUGCUCAAUGUUCAAUUUGAGAUGCCUAGUCAGAAGAACAUUGCAUUGGUCACGAGGGAGCUGAAGGUGUUGCCAAGCAGAAGGGUCUCCUGGAUGCAGCUCUGCAGUGACGGGAAGCUGGUGCUGAGAAACAAUGAAAAGAUAGAAUGGCUGGCUGGAGGCUUGCUGGAGAACUUGUUCUAUAAGCUGUAUGAUGAGGCCGAUAGAGCGGUACCUCUCACUGCUGAAAUAGCCUCCAGUAUCAAGGUUAACUGGAGGACAACAGAAGAUGUAAAUCUGGAAGAUUUGGUCCAGGGGAAGCUGCCUGAUGUACAGGUGCCCACGCAGGUGCAUGAAGAGCGCUUCUACCAGGUUUCCUACCAAGACCAGAGUGUGUCUGUCUCCUUUAACAUAGUGCCUCGUCCGGAUGAACCAACACGUCUGAAAGCAACUCUGCCCCAAAACACAGUGAAGCUGGGUGAAACCCUACCUGGAAACAUCAACUUGGAGCUUGUGGACCAGUAUGACAAUGUAACCAAGACACUUACCUCUGCCUGUGUGAACCACAUGACUGUGGAAGCCGAAGGUCUGGACAAAUCGACCAUCGCCUUUUUGUGGCAGGAGAGCAGCAGUUCUGUUCUGGUAACGGGGAUUCGGUUCCAGUCUGGGACUCCUGGCUCCAGAGAGAUGUGCUUCACCUACACGAGCUAUGUGGAGCGCGUCAUCAUUAAAGUGACUGCUGGAGUCCCUGCACAGCUUAAACUAGUCAGUGAGCCAGAGAAGCCUUUGCAGGUGUUGAAUGACCGCGGCAUCACCACACCGUUCAUCAUCCAACUGUGUGACAAGUGGGGAAACCCGUCUCCAGAUCAGAGGGUUGUGGUAGAAUUGACGUCUUCACCCCCAACACUGAAGGUGACUACAGCUGUUAUUUCACAACCUGUGAACGCAGAAGGGAAAGCCUCUUUCACUGUUAAUAGUGUAAGCGGACCAAAGGGGUACUAUCAGCUGGAGUUUAAAGGUUCCUUCAACAAGAAACCCAUCCCUGGUCCAUCAGUGAAUCUCACCGUCAUCCCUGAUCCCAACAAACCUGUCAGCCUGUCAGUGGAAUAUGACACCAAUGCCAAGUUUCCUGCCGGAGGCAAAUUCCCAGUGUUCUCGGUGACCGUGGUGUCUGAUGUAGGAAGCCCGAUAAAAAAUUUUAACCCCGCUGCUGUGUCCAUGUUGCUGUGGAAAGGAGUGCCAUCAGGAAAAACGCCUCCACAAACGGCCAUUGAGCUGAAGUGUAGUAAACCCAUGGAGAAUGAAAAGAAACACUGUUUUCACUUCAGAGAUAAAGAGAUCCCAGAACAUGUUGGAAAGCACACCAUCCAGUUUUCUCUAUGUACAGCCAAAAAAUUCCUAUUCAGUAAUCAGAUUACUGUAAAUGUGGUGGCCAAUCAACCUGUCAAACUGGGACCCGACUCUCAGCCACCAACCCCAGUUGUUUCCUACAGUAAGGCCAUUGCCAACCGAACCUUGGUGGAGAAUAUGACUCUGAGGAUAAUGGAUUCAUAUGGAAACCCAGCGGGGCAGGACCUGGAUGGGAAGUUGGUCGUUUCUAUAAUGAACUCUAGUGGAAACAGCAACAAAAACCUCCCUCUGUUUGAAGGCAAAGUCAAAGGCUUUCAGUUUAGUUUGGUAGAAGGAAAGGCCCACAUCACUAGGCUGGCGAUCAUGGAGAACAGCCCUGGUGAGAAUGGCAGUUCAUACAUCCUCCUCUUCAAACCUGAAGUGUCGAUGGUUGCCACGCCCCUUGCUCCUUUUGAGCUCCCCUUCCAUUUUUACAAUGAUGCGGAAAACCAACGGACAAUGUUUGAGCGGUCCAAGAAGAAAGAUGAGCUGACUGCUGCUGUUGCUGCAUAUAAAGAAAUCUUUACUACAUAUGGCACUCUCCUUCAGUUGAUGACCUCUCAACACAUGGAUGCAAGUAGAAAAGAGGUUAUCCAUAGAAAUGAGCUGAACAAGAGGAACGUGAAAAUAGCACCAACUGCAUCUAUCCCAGAUAUUGACAGACUUUUAACAGAGAAGACUGCUGAAGCCGACACGUUCCGGACCAUGCCCAGAAGAGUCUGCUCCAUCCGUGAUCACUUUAGUGGGCAGCAGGAUGUUUUGGGAAUGGUUGGCCACCUGGCCUUUGUGCAGGAUGAUGCUGCUGCGAGGGUUAUCUCCUGGCAUAUCAGGGGUGACAUGGAUUGUGUCAUCACUAAAACGACAGCAGCAGCACGGAGGAUCUAUGACGACACCCAAGGCAGGCAGCAGGUCAUGGCCCUUGACAGUGUGUAUGUGCCACUAGGCAACAGACCGCUGCCACACAUAAGAAAUGGCCUCAUGCUCUUUGACCCCCCUGGGAACCCAGUCUACGCCAGAGAGCUCCUGAUUUACCCCCAAGACCAGGAGAGCUGUGACAUUGCAUUUAAAAACAUCCUCGGAGAUACUAUUCUGAUUGAUGACCUGGACUCUGCAAACAACUACAGAAGGGCGGUGGUGCAGAAUAAGUCACAGUGUCCCACCAUCCUGACCAGGCAGGGUGACAGGAUCAGUGCCAAGGGGAAGUUCGGAGGCGCACAGAACAAAGCCCCACCGAUGAACACAUUACAAGUGUUUGGAGCCCCCCUCCCACAGCCUUACUACACUCUCAAGGACCAAAUAGACCUGCUAAAUCAGUACCGGUCAGUUCUGGAGAAGAGGGACAAGGCAGCAAAGAACCGUGAAGAUCACUUAAAAAACAUGAAGUCUCCUGACAUGUUGAAAAAGCAACAAGAAAUGGAGGAGAAAAUGAAACAGCUGGAGGAGAUUGAGAGACAACUUGUGUCAACCCCAGUAAGGCCAGUGAAACGGGGUCCUGGAGAUGCUGGUGAGCCAUCUGGCUUCAUUCCAAAGAGAGCAAAGCAGUGAUCCUCAUAUGAGGUGGAAGAAGUCCAGGCUUGUUUGAACACAAGCCUCUUUGGCAAUUUUCUUUUAUUAUUGAGUUUACUAAGUUGUUGUAAUUCAUUUUUAUUUGUACUAGAGUUUUGUUUUCUUAUGUUUUAACACUUUUGUAAUAAUCAAAACCGCUUAUGACAAAGUUAUGUGCAUGGCAUAUCUGAAAGAAUGUCUGGAUUCUUUCGAUACAAUAAGAAAAUACAUAUUUACUAAGA